AUGGCUGGUCUCCACGCUGCAUCUGGGACACAUCCCAGUCCCCCGCUGUCCGCCAGAUGUCUUCGUCGUCUGCCAGGUCGGCCGAGUCAGCUGCUUCCUCAUUCGCUGGAGCAGGUUCCGGUUCAGGUUCUGGCCUAUCGUGCCUCUCCCGCCAAGGCCCUGCCCGGACUGCAAGAUCGGCCCCGCCUACGAUCGUCUGUCCCCCGCGGGCUCCGCGUCCUCCACGCCCGCCGCGUCCUGCGCCCCCCCGCUCUCCUCUCCCUCUGCCCGUCGGUGGUCUCGUACAACCCACAGUUCCUCCGCGCCCGGCCGGCAUCCACGGCGUUCGGCCACCUCGCGGUGGUCCCCAAGUCACCGCGCCUAGAUGUGGUGAACGCCGCGUGUUUUGUGGUGCUGGUGCCGCCGUGUUUGCCGCUCCCGUCGCUCCUGUCACCUCUUCCUGUGGCACCACGGGUCCUUCAGCUUCGUCCACCUCGGCGUCAAUCACCGGCAGAGCGGAAGAUGGAGACGGACGCGUUGGCUCUCGUGGCGGCAGCCCUUGUCGCAGCCAGCCCAGGAGGGGUCCCGGGGGACCAGGCCUCAGCCCUGCUCCAGGCCGCCUCGCUGCUGGCUGGGCGCGGGGCCGCUUCCCCUUCUUCCCGCAGGCGGCGGGAGCAGCGGCGCUCUUCCCGCGGCCCUGUCUUCCGUCCGCCACCUGGUCGCGCUCCUUCGUUCCUGCGCCCUCGUCAGCAACAGGCAUUCCGGCGAACUCAGCGGCAGCCCCCACUCCCUCCGCGCUCGUUCCACCAUCCUGCGUUCCCACCGCCGCCGUCACAACCGCAGUGA